UGGACUUGAAAAUUGAAAUUGAAAAAGGUGCAAUUAACGGGGGUAAUCUCUGUUACGUACAACGAUCGAAUUCUAGGGUUUGUAAUCGUCGCAAACCAGCUCAGAAUCGAGCAGGUAAACGGGAUAGCACAAAUGGCAGAUGGAGAUGAGGACAUGCCAAGGGACGCAAAGAUUGUAAAAACACUGCUGAAAUCAAUGGGAGUGGAUGAGUAUGAACCUCGUGUUGUGCAUCAGUUCCUGGAGCUGUGGUAUCGUUACGUCGUCGAUGUACUGACAGAUGCACAGGUGUAUUCUGAGCAUGCCGGAAAAGCUGCAAUUGACUGCGAUGAUGUCAAACUUGCCAUUCAAUCAAAAGUCAAUUUCAGUUUCUCUCAACCCCCACCUCGAGAGGUCCUGCUGGAGUUGGCAAGGAACAGGAACAAAAUCCCGUUGCCAAGAUCAAUAGCGGGGCCGGGAAUUCCGCUACCACCUGAGCAGGACACAUUGAUCAGUCCCAACUACCAACUCGCAAUCCCCAGGAAGCGACCUGCACAGCCAGUGGAAGAGAUGGAGGAGGAUGAAGAGAGUGUUGAUCCUAAUUCGAACCCUCCCCAAGAACAGAAGACAGAGUUGCCACAAGAUGCUCCUCAACGGGUAUCAUUUCCCCUUGGAGCUAAACGUCUGCGACAAAGUUCACAAUGAUAUUAUGACCUCCCGUGUGGAGCAUUAUGUACAAGGAUUUAUGAUUAUGCAUAGGAAGAAUCCAUGGUUUCCAAUUCAAAAAUAGUUUCAGACUGGCACAAAUUUGACUUGAAUUCAAGGAAACGGUGCUUGUUUAUGAGCUUACCUAGUUCUUGUAACUUGCAUUAUAAAUGACAACGAAUUGUUCAACUUGAA